AUGUCAUUCUUUGUUGUUGAUGGAAUUAUAUAGUUAUUGCAUAAGUAUCAACAAUAAAAUUUUUCUGGUUUUGCUGCUUUUUGUUUGUUUGAACUUCGCAGAUAAUGAGAACAUCGAGUAAGGGUUAGGCUUGCUUCGUAGGGUUAAGUAAGAGCAGUAAAUAUACCUAGCGGAAGCAGUCCUAGAAAAUUUGAGUCACGUGACGAUUUGCAAAGACGUCAGACGUAAUUACGCAUGCGUAAGUGACGUUGGACCACGUGACAAACUUUGGUAAAUUAGAGCAAAGUGCAAAUCAGUGCAAAUGGUGCAACUCCUAGGAACACAGAGUAGACAUCGUAGAAUUGUUUACAUUUAUAAUACGUCUCUGUACGUAAGUAAAAAACUUUAUAAUAUACAAAUAAAUGUGCAUUAUUUUACAAUAAUACAGUGAGCAAACAUGACUACUCCUAAAGAAUAUGUGGUAGUUGGCAAGGCCGUAGAAAUGAAGAUAAUAUCAGAAUGUAAAACCAAAGAUCAGAAACGUACGACGUCUACGAAUUCUGUGCAAAAAACGGAAAGAAAGAGAUCUGAUAACGGAAAAACUGGACAUGAAAAGUGGCGUAAUAUUUUAGGACAACAAAAUACGCUAUCUAUAAAAGAGGCACGGUCUCAUAAAAAUAAAGAUAAAUUACCUAAAAGUGAUGUAAACAAAGAUCAGCAGACAAAUAAAAACAUAGAAGGCUGUUCAAAACAACAGAGUUCAGAAUUUAUUCUUGUUCAGGAUCGUGCAGUUCAAUGUCCUGAUAUCAAUAAGUUUGAUGAAUUUAGUUCACAAAUAUUUUCUUUAAAGGAAAAAUCAAAAGUUAAGAAAGAUCAAACUUGCAAUAUUGCCACUGAGAAUGAAAAAUUAUUGCCAAAGAGAUAUAUAGACUUUGGAAGAUCACCAGAGCUUACAGAAACUAAAUUAGAAACUAGAACUCAGUCAAAGGAAUAUAUUAGGAAAAUGAAGAUUACAUGUGAAAAAUUGGCAACAGAAAAAAAAGAACUACAAAGAGUGACUGAAGAGAAGGAUGUACAACUAAAAGAAGUUCAUGAAGAAAACACAAAUUUAAAGGACAAUUUGAGAAAGCUCAUGGAAGAAUUGGAAGAGACAAAACAACUUAAGGAUCAGUUAGAACAACAACUUAAAGAUCAAAAGAUCGUACUAAAUGAUAAAAUACAACUUCUACAACAAAAUAUAAUUAAUACAAAAUACGUAGUGGCAGAAAAAGAUUAUUAUGUCGAAUUAUGUCAACAUCAAGAUGAAAGAAUUAAGAAAUAUCAGAAUACCAUGAAGGAAUUACAAAAUCACAUUGUGACAUCGGGAACACCACCAAGUGAUAGAAGUUCGCAAACAUCAGUGAUCCCCACUCCGGAACGUGUGUCUUCAACUCCCAAUUCGAGCUUUUCUGAUGGCUCUUGGCAUGAUUUAUCAGACAUUUCUACAGUGAAACAAACCACACAAAGUAAAAUUAUACAAAAGGAUGAUGUUGCACAUUUAGAUGUUAGCCUACUCGAUGAGGAAUCGUCCCAUAGUACAAUCGAUUCUUGUCAAAAUGAAGACAAAUCGGCACGUUAUUUAUUUAACUCUGUGAGUUAAAAAAUGAGUACAAAAAAUUAGAGAGAUAAAUCUUCAUUUUAUUAUUAAGACAAAAUAAACAUAAAUCAAGGACCAUUACAAAAAUACUAAUAUCUUCCACUAUGUAAUUUUGUUGCAAAACUGUGAUAGAAGCUGAAACAUUUACAUUGAUCAGUAAGUGAAUCGUUUCGCGAGAAAAAGAGAAAGUUCUGUUUCUGCGCAUUGGUCUCUUUCUCAGUCAGAAUGAAACAACGUAUGGAAAGAAAACAAACAUAUUUUUACAAUGUUUAUAUGUAUAUUAUUUAAAUUUAACACAAAUUUUAAAAAAAUGAG